AUGAAAUCUUCAGUUUACGGACGGACGAAACAAUAUGGUUCUUUGCGGUGCGUCCUACGUGAUUUUGUUACGUGGAGCGGUUUGGAACGUUUGUCGAAGUGCAUUAAAAAAAUAUGCGUGGAAAAUAUGCGUGGGAUGCUUUUUUCACGUGUACUUUUUAGUGCACUUUGUAGUGUUUUAACAUUUUUUCUUUCCAAGUCUGAAUUAAACGUGACACGUUGCGGGCGUAUGUCGGUCACGUUGCAGACAACGUUGGGUGAUAUCAAAAUCGAAUUGUAUUGCGAUUUAUGUCCGAAGACGUGUGAAAAUUUCUUGGCAUUGUGCGCAAGCGGUUAUUACGAUAACUGCAUUUUUCAUCGUAAUAUUAAAGAUUUUAUGGUACAAACUGGUGACCCAACUGGUACAGGUAAAGGAGGUGACAGUAUUUGGGGUGGGCCAAUUGAGGACGAAUUAAACACAACCUUGAAGCACGACGCCAGAGGCGUUGUGUCUAUGGCUGGUAACGGACCAAAUACAAGUCGAUCGCAGUUUUUCAUCACAUACGCAAAACAUCCAACACUGGACUUGAAGUAUACUGUUUUCGGGCGCGUAAUAGACGGAUUUGACACCUUGGACGAGUUGGAGAAAGUCAAAGUUGACGCCAAAUAUCGACCAGUUGUUGAACAAAAAAUUCAAAAUGUUAUCAUCCACGCUAAUCCGAUUGCCGACAUGGCGACCAAUUCUUAA